GGUCUCGCCGGCGCUGCCUCGCUGUGCUUCGUCUACUCUCUGGACUACGUUCGUACACGCCUUGCAAAUGACACGAAGUCUGCGAAGAAGGGCGGUGAGCGUCAGUUCAACGGUCUGGUGGACUGCUACGUGAAGACGUGGAAGAGCGACGGUAUCGUUGGGCUAUACCGUGGAUUCGUGGUCUCGUGCGUGGGUAUCGUGGUGUAUCGUGGAUUCUACUUUGGCCUGUACGAUACACUGCAGCCAAUGCUCCCCGUGGACACGUUUAUUGUGAAUUUCUUCCUUGGGUGGGCAGUGACAAUCUUUGCCGGUCUUCUCUCCUACCCGUUGGACACCGUCCGCCGUCGCAUGAUGAUGACAUCCGGCGCCGCCGUGAAGUACAAGAGCUCGAUGGACUGCAUGAUGCAGGUCAUCAAACAGGAGGGCGCCGCUUCUCUGAUGCGUGGUGCUGGAACGAACAUUUUGCGUGGCAUUGCCGGUGCCGGCGUGCUCGCCGGCGUGGAUGCGCUGAAGCCUAUGUACAUCCGGUGGCGCAUGGCCGAUAAGUUGAAGAAGCAAGAAGAGCAGAAACUGCAGUAA